GCCUUUCUUGGUGUACGCUUUAUACAUCAUGAAUGAGACAUGGACGGUGGGCAUGGAUGGUUUUACUAUAAUAGUGAAGGGCGAGGCUGGAAGAGGUUGGUCAAGCCUCUCCUCGCUGGGAGUUGCGUUGAAAGGCGCAAGUUCUGAAGAAUCAAACAAGCAGCUGAAGCUGUGUUAUUGA